UCGCCAGCAGGCAGCGAGCAACGAGAAGAAGGAGCUCAUUCAAAGUGGCGUCAAGAUGUUAACAACCACCGCUGUCUCGCUGUUUCUGCUGGCGAUGGCGGCCGUCCUGUCGCCCGCCGCAGCUCAACACUGCCUGGCGACCUACCGCCUAAGGAACCCUAAUCACACGACGUGCAGGCAACGACCGUCGUGGUGCAGGAUAAAGGACAGUGGCGUAUCCAUGGAACAACGCUACCUCAUCUUGAAACUGCACAACCAGUUCCGGAGCCAAACCACUCUGGGCCGACUUCCCGGCUUCCCAGCGGCAGCUGACAUGCAGGAACUGCUCUGGGACAACGAGUUGGCACACGUGGCACAGGCCCACGCCUAUAUCUGCACGAAGGCGGACGGUGACCAGAAGCAUGAUAGAGUCGAGGACCGCUUUACGAGUCGCUUCCCGAAGACGGGCCAGAACUUAGCCUGGGAAGGCCAGCCCGAGUACACCCCGGGACCGAACUGGACCUGGGUUAUGGACCAUUGGUUCACGCAGGAGUACGCACGCUACCCGCCAGAGAAGGUGGCCCACUUCACUCCCAUGGAAGGCGUCAAGAUAGGCCACUUCAGCCAGGUAAUCUGGGCUCAGACGCGCUACGUGGGCUGCGGCUAUGUCUACUACCGCGUCGACGCGAAGGUGUUUCGACACAUUAAACAGUACACCUGCAACUACGGCCCUAGCGGAAACUACGUAGGAUGGCCCAUCUACAAGGAAGGCCCGACGUGCAGCGCCUGCCCGAAGAAUGGUCAAUGCAAAAUGGCCACCGGUCUGUGCGACGAUUCGGCGGCUGGUCCUCCUCGGUUCAAGAGGCCUCGAAAGAUACGGCGCCCAACGACGCCGUCUCAAGGACAUCUGUCAACCCAGCCGCCCCGACAGACCUGUCCACCCUGUCCGUGCCUGCCCUCCACGCCGAAUGUAUAUCAGGCGCCUGCCUCACGCUAUCCGGGUUACCGCUACCCGACCCCGUACACCUCCCAGAGGCGGUACCCUCCAAACCCACAGGAUCCGGCGCCGAGGCGGUACCCGUUGUCCUACGACCCGAGACUGCGCGAUGGGCUGCCUCGUUGUGAAGAUGUAGAGGGUUACAAGCCAGGAGAGCCGGGGCAACCGGCCUGUGUAGAGAAUGACGACAACGGAGGCCUUCGUAGCGUCGACGUCAGUGACGGUGCGCACAGUGGACGUCCCGGCCGAGAUGCAGCUAUCUGGCAGUACUUCGUUGCAGGCAGCGUCACUGGAUUGGCAAUGAUGGUGCCGCUGGGCGUAUUCUUGGUCUUCUGGCGUUUCACCGGCUCGACAGAUGGCGCGGGAAAAAGCUGUCGACCGAGGUGACGGUGACGCCGGCCUAGUCGGCCACGUCGACGUAAGAAGGCGCGGUUGUUGAAGCGGGUGCCGUAUAACGAAGGCCGCAAUCGACGAAGCCCCGCAGAGGCUGCUGGCCGAAAUAAAGAAUGCGCACGGGCCACGGAGCGACGUGCUGUGGCGAC